AUGUUGGAGUAUGAACCUCGCUGCAUGCUUCAGGGUCGGUGGGAGGGUCGGACUUGGACGAGGAUACGUUACUGCUAUGAGAGUCUGGACAAGUUUGACAAUAGAGUCGAGCUUCCCGAGCUUCCCCCAGGCCCCCAGGCCCGCAGCCACAUCAUCACAACUUCGGGCGUCGUCGUGUGGAGCCGCACGUAUGCUCCUGUCGCACAAAAGGUCGUCAACAGCUUGAUCAACGAUGUCUUUAUCGAGGAGCGUGCCCAGAGCCUGCAGAGCCAGCCACGGAAUGCCUCCUUCAAGUCCGACAAGUACACGCUCAAGUACACGCACGCCAAAGACGUCGGCCUCAUCUUUGUCGCCGUCUACCAAUCCAUCCUCCACCUCUCCUGGCUCGACAACCUGCUCGAUGUUGUCCGUGCCCUCUUUGUCAAGCAAUAUGCUGCCGACAUCAAAAAUCUAAACUCUACAAACAUCGACUGCUCCCAAUUCACCCACACCUUCGAUGCUCUGAUCCAGAAGCUCGACAAGACGCAACAAUCCGCGCCAUCCGAUGACCACGACCCACUCGACACCGACUCGCCCACCGAUCUGACUCCCCCCUCGAGCUCUGCUGGAGACGAUCAAGACCACCCGCCCCCUCCCGUGCCCGCUCUCAAGAAGCCUGCUCCCAGACAGCUCGCCGACACCAUAUCAGCCUCUACAGACGCUACCCCGAGUGCCACGCCAGACACAUCGCGACCCGCUUCGCCCGCAGCGAGUCAGCUGCUAGAAGGAAAGAGCCCAAGGGUUUCACGCCGUUCGAGAAAGGCCGCCCUCGCCACUUCCUCAGCCCCUGCUUCUUCUGGCGACGAAAAAUCUCCCGCUCGCAAAGCCGCCCCUGCAAAGAGACCGAGCGCAAAGUCCAAGCGAACAUGGGACGCACACGGCUUUGGUGCCGAGGAAGAUGAGGAUACCGUGCUGGAUUACUCGACUCAAAGUCUCGACGACGCACCUGCCGCUCAAUCAACAUUACAGCCCGUUCGUGCCGACGACAUGGGAAGCAGGACAGCCAAGGGUCAAUUCAUACUAAAAGAUCUGGAUGACGAGGUAGAUGCCAUCCUUGCAGAAUCAAAGUCAAAGAAAGACCAAGUCGACUCGGAUCCGUCUAAAGGACUGGUAGGAACUGGACUGGGAGCCAUCAGUGGCUACUUCCGCAACAUGGUCGGAGGCAAGACCUUGACCGCUGUGGACCUGGUCAAGCCAAUGAAGGCCAUGGAGGAUCAUCUCUUGAACAAGAACGUCGCCCGCGAAGCUGCCGUUCGCUUGUGUGAGUCCGUCGAGCGUGAUCUUAUUGGCCUCAAGACCAGUAAUUUCACCACCAUCGACCAGACCAUCCGCGAUUCAAUGUCCAAGGCGCUCACUCGCAUGCUGACCCCAACAUCUUCUCUCGAUUUGCUCCGCUCAAUCACCGCUACUACCUCUGGAGCCAAUGCCAGACCCUAUGUCGUCAGUAUUGUUGGCGUCAACGGUGUCGGCAAGUCGACCUCUCUAUCCAAGCUCGCCUUCUUCUUCCUUCAGAACAACUUCCGUGUCCUGGUUUGUGCCGCAGACACUUUCCGUUCUGGAGCUGUCGAGCAACUCCGCGUUCACGUACGCAACCUCUCCGAAUUGACCGCUCGUGAGAACCUGGGCCAUGUUGACCUGUACGAGAAGGGCUACGGCAAAGACGCAGCUCAGCUUGCCAAAGAGGCCGUCGUCUAUGCCACUGAGCAAGCCUACGAUGUCGUCCUGAUUGAUACCGCUGGCCGCAGACAUAACGAUACACGUCUCAUGUCUUCUCUCACAAAGUUUGGUCAACUCGCAAAUCCGGACAAGAUCUUUAUGGUUGGUGAGGCUCUCGUAGGCACAGACUCUGUGGCUCAAGCUCGCAACUUCUCUGCGCAAUUUGUGGACCGUCAGGGCAAGGGUCGUGGUCUCGAUGGCUUUGUCAUCUCAAAGUGCGAUACUGUGGGCGACAUGGUCGGCACACUCGUCAGCAUGGUUCACGCUACUGGCAUCCCCGUUGUCUUUUUGGGCGUCGGUCAACACUAUGGUGAUCUGCGCGGCCUGAACGUUGGUUGGGCGGUGGACAAAUUGAUGAAGUAG